CUCUUGUACAAUUUCUCAUUGAAAAUUGCCUCAGGAUAUUUGGAGAAGACAUCACUUCCCUCUUGGGCGAGAACUCAAUGAGUCGUGGUAACAGCGAGAAGGCUGCAGACUCCGGCCCUAAGACUGUGACAAGCCGUUCUUUCAGAGCCAGGGCCUUUUGUCGGGGUUGCAGCACUUGCAGGCACACCCAGUGCACAGCCCCACCUUCCGCAAAGCCAGUACAGCUCUUUGGAGUUUCGCUCAUGGAUAUGUGUUAUAAAGACAACCUUCCCUUCCCAAUUCUGGAUAUGCUUUCCUUUAUUAAUCAAAAAGGGCCCCUAACAGAAGGCAUAUUCAGCAAAUCAGCCAAUAUAAAAUCCUGCAUGGUCCUAAAGGAGAAACUAAAUUCUGGGGUCAAAGUGAACCCGUACAGCGAAUCUGUUCAUGUGGUCCGCAUCCGUCUUAAAGGACUUUCUGAGAAAUAUCCAAGGAAGUAUAUUUUUAUCUGAUAUCUAUGACAAAUGGCUCAGUGUUAUUGAUCAAGGCAACAAAGAGGAGAUGAUAACGGCAGCCCGGAGGUAACGAUGCAUAAUUACUCUACUCUGGUCACAUCUCCAAAUAACACCCA